UGUGUGUGUGUUUGUGGGUGAAAUGAUCUGUUUAAGGUGGGUCUGCAUGUUCAUAGCACUUCCUCUUUUGAACAGGGAUUUUGUUUUUCAGUUUAAUUCAGUUGUGUUAUUUUAUGUGCUGCACUCUGUCUCUAGUCUUUCUAUCUCACUCUCACUUUCUCUCUCCCUCCCUCCAUCUGCUCUCUUCCCUAUCUGUGUCCAUCUCAUUUAGUCUUUCUUUCUGGAUCUCCAUUUUGUGACAUGUCUUCACUUUGGUUUGGGUUUUUUUAUUUCAAAAUGCUGGCACCGUGAACUUUGUUUUUAAUGGUAUUCGCAGUGACUUCUCUCUUCCUCUUUCACUCUCUCUCAUGUACUUUUUACAUUGUGUUGCCGCCGUCAUCCAGUCACAUUUGCAUGAAUGACGUUUGUAUUUCCUCCAUCAGCAGUAGAAACGGCUGUAAGAAAACUAAAGAGGGAAGAGGAACCAAGGGCCUUUGUGGUGAGAGAAGGUGCCACAGUCACAUGCUAUCUGUCACUCUCUUGUUCUUGUCACCUCUCAGUGUUCCAAAGGUGGAUUUUUGUUUCCACGUUUUGGAUUUAAUUGGACAACCUUUAGCCGCUGCAGUGUCACCUUUAAGUUCCAGGUUCUGGUAAUUAGUGAGCUCCAUCUCCCAGCAUCACAAGGGUUGUGUUACCAUGGCAACUAGUAAGCAGAGCUUUGUGAGAGCUACCGAGCCCCAGCGUUCAGUGUCUGCACAGAGAGAGGAGGAGACGCGUGUUAAGGCCCCUCUCACGACUAUGUAUGUCCACAACGUUCCUGCCCCUGGCCUGCAGCCAUAUCCUCAGGCCCAACCUGGAACCUUGCAGGAUGCAACGGUUCUACCACUGUUCUUGCCAAGGAUGUGUAGCAACUCGACUCUGCCCUCUCUGACACUGCAUAUUGCCAGCAGGGCUGCUUUGCAACAACAAAGGCUAAUGGCUCCAGCAACCUCGGCCAGACCUAAGCCUAUUGGGAAGCAUAUUUGCCCACACUGCGGCAAGGACUGUCUGAAGCCCAGCGUGCUUGAGAAACAUCUCCGUUGCCACACAGGAGAGCGACCGUAUCCCUGCACCACCUGUGGCAUUUCCUUCAAGACGCAGAGUAACCUUUAUAAACACAAGCGCACACAGGCUCAUGCCCGCCUUUCCAGCGAAUCUGACAAAGGCACCUUCAGCAGCCAGGAGAGCAUGGAGAGUUCAAAGGACAACUGUACCAGUCUAGCCUCUGAGAUGAAUGACGGAGAUUCAGUUGAUAUAAAGAGAAGCAAAGAGGUUCUUCCUGUAGUGUCAGUGACGAUACCAAGUCAGGAAGACACCACAGAGGCUAAGAGAGUGUCUGGCAUACAAUGGGCAUUACACAAUGCUGCCAUGGUUGGAUUUAGCACAACUCCAGCACUUCAAGACAAGGUAAAUUCUUUGAGAAAAUCUGUGGAGUUAUCAGUUGGCAUGAAAAAUAAUCCUGCUAUCCAACAGACAGGUGCACUGAGUGAGGCUGGAUGUACAUCGUCGAUUCCAAAUCGUACACCGCUUCAGAGGCAGGAAGCUUUAUUUUCCAAACCAUGGGAUUCCCCCAUGUCCCGGGCAAAGUCUCAAAGCCAUGACAGUACAGACUCAGGCUUCAGUGACAGCAGUGAGCAGCACUCAUCCAGCAGUCCUGGAGCAAGUUUGCAUGAUCCCAGUAUGGAAUCAUUUAAAGAGACCCCUAUGGAACGGCAAGAACCAGGUUCCUCCCAGACACCCUCAGAGAUGACCCCUGAGGACACCAAAAGCAAGGUGUCCAUUCAGGAGAAGCAGAAGCUGGAAGAACAUAUUUCAAAGCUUAUAUAUGAGAAUAGUGUGUUAGUGGACAAUAAACAACUGGAAAAUGUGCGUCCAAGAAAGACAGUACUGUCAAAACAAGGAAGCAUUGAUCUUCCUGUGCCGUACACUUAUAAAGACUCUUUCCAUUUUGAGAUAAGGAGCAGCAAGCACGUUUCAAGCUCUCAAAAUCAAGACAGACGAGGUGGGGUAAUUCACAUCUCUGUGCCUACACAACACUCCACUAGCAUAGAGCAUGCACCAUUAACGCGAAGCAGUUCUUUACCCUUCACUGUGGGUGGCAAACCCACUGAUGGAGCAAUGAAUUUAAAUCUUAGCAGAAGGUGUAGUGCAGGGCAUGUUUACCCAUUAAGAUCAUCAGACCAACAAGCACAAAUUCAUCGCUCACUAGUUAGGCAGGUAGCGGUAGAUUGUUUGCCUACUGCAGAGGGAUCUCCAGUUGAAAGAGGUAGUAUGAGCAGCCUUAGCUCCGAUGGAGACAGCACCGAUUUUGUUACAGAGCCAUGUAUAAAAGGAAACUACAGGAGGAAAGCCCGGAAAUUUGACUACACAAAAUGGCACACUUACAAAGGUGGGACAUUUAGGAAACUAUACGACACUGAGAAAGACUGUCUACUGAAGAUGAACAAGACUGCAUCAAGCUCCGAACAAGCAGAGAGCCUGGAAACUCAAAUUAGCCAACAGAGAGACAAUGGAUCUUUGUCUCUGAGCUUUACUUCCUGUUCUGCUGUGACCUUACAAAAUGACCUUAAUGUGUCAUAUACCAGCUUUGAAAAUAAUAACGUGAUAGGGGCAGACAUGGAAAGAGAUAAAUCAGCAACACAACACACUGACUGCCAUAUCCCAUCAGAGAGGAAGAAACAGCGCACUGGGAAUGAUGUGCAAAUGCUCAGUAUUUCAGAUUCUAGAACUGGACAGGCAAAUGGAAAUCUGUGUGAUUUAAUGAGUCAAUCACUUCUGUCAACUUGUGCAACACAGAGCUCCAUCACAGUUCCAGCACAAAAGGUCAGCAUGCAAAAUCUCCACCCGCACGGUAGCUUCGUACAUCAGUUCUCAAAUCCAAGUCAGUUCCUUGGUAAUACACUUAGUCCUGCUUUUUGUUUGAUCAGUGUGAGUGGGACAUCUGGCACCCCGUCUGGUUCUAUCAGCAGCGCUACUGUCCCUGAAGCCAAGACCAGCUUUCCUCCCAAGUACCAGCUGAAGAUUCCGUGUUCCACAGAUGGAGUGUCAGCUUCUUGUUCUGGUUCCACUUUAGCACAUAGCACUUGUUCAACCAUUCCAGCUCUUAGGGAAAGCUGCCAAACUACAGUGCAGUGCCAUCUUGAGAACAGUGUAUUAUCCUCAAACCAGAGUCAGGGUGCUUCAAUAGUCGCAACCUUUGACCAGUGUAAGCAAGAUGUGUUGUGUGCGUCAACUUCAAUGCCUAUGUCAUCGGUUUCCUGUUCAGGGCUGAAUCAAACAAACAGUUUAUCCAAAGCCCUGACACAACUUCAGUCUACCACUCCUACAUCAAUUUCACUCAUUUCUCCUAUGCUGCUUCCACCAGUGCAGCAUCAAAUGUCUUUGUUGCAGAGCAACGGUGCAACAGGUGUGGUGGAAAGCCAGUCACUUGUUCCCAUAUCAUCUGUACUGCAUCAACCUCUUAAAGUUUUAACAAACUCAGAGAACACUCAGCCUGUCACAUCAACGAACACAAUGUCAACAGUGAAUUACUGUUCUGAAUCUGGUCUACAGAUCUAUCCUCCAGUAACUACGACACCUACAGUUCAAAAGCAGCCGGCUUCCCCUGUAAGUGGACCAGGAAAAGCUCUUUGUCUUACAGCGGACACCAAAUCCACAGUGUAUGAGAAUACUCUAAACAGCUCUGCCUCUAAAAUUACCACAGGUGACUUUCAAGGGUCCCAGUCAGAAGGAAAAGUGAUAGUGCUAAAUGGCUCAGCACAAUCUCAGAAUACGUUUUAUGUACGAACAGGUGACCUCCAGAUCGUCAUGCAGCUCAUUUCUGAUGAACAGUUAGCACUGAUAGAGCCUCAUAUUGAAACAACAACUUCAAUCACUUUAACAAACCAUACAUCACUUUCACAGGAGGUAUAUAGCAAUGAUGUGACUAAUGUGUGUGUGGCACAGGAAAUGGUAAAUAAUGGUGAGAUGAGAAAAAAGAACACUUCCAAUCGUUGUGAAUCUGCCAGUUCAGUAAAUAAAGCAGAAACUUUAAACUCUCAAAAUGCUAAAAAUUCUGCAAAUGGCAGCCCUCAGUGUGUUUCACCUUUGUCACAUCCACAGACAAAGUUUCAUAUUACAGCUUCAGUGGAUUACAAUAAAAAUUCAACUGGAGAAUUGUAUGAACCACAGAAGAUACCUGAGAAUUCCCAGGAGAGAAAAUCUGCUGAGUUUGAGGUUACCGCUGGGUCACACCACAAACCAGUGGCUGGAGUCGAACCUCAUUUAGUGGACAAGAGCUAUUCUAAACAGGAAAAUGACAAAGAGCCCAAAAACUGUUCUGUCCAUAACCCAGAUUUGGUCAGCUCCCCUGAGGAACAAAAAUUCACAGAGAUAACCAGUCUAACGGAGCCAAAUCACAUUCAAACUAUGCCAGUGGAGCCAGAUGAAACAGACCUCAUGUCAGUCACAUUAUCAGAAAAUGGUGAGAGGGUUGAAACAAUGACAACUACACAGCUCGGAACUUGUAUUUGUAAGAAAAAGACCUCUAACGCAGAAUCACAGCAGAUGCAAAAACUGAUAAACUCCACAAAACAGCCCAGUCAGAACAAGCCAUACAGGGCCGUAUGUGGAAGCUCAAAUUUAAAUACAAGAGAAAUUAGAGCAUGUGACACAGGUAAACUGAGCUGCAAGCAUGGGACCCUGGCAACUGAAAUGUGUGGUCCAGGACAUACACCUACACAGGAUGAAUCCCAUCAGGCCUUUGCUCUUGGUCCAGGCGACUUUGGGAGUGACACUUAUAAUAAAAAAAAAACAUCAUGCCCAAUGGUGAACAGGACAUGUGACAUUCUUGAAGACAGCACCAAAUGUGGAGAUGUGCAUACACGCCAUGCCAAUCUGGAAAUAUUUACAGGGCCUGGGGAGGAUGGUGCCCUCAAAAGCUUGAGGUUUCACAGGGAGCCUGGGACAAAGAGCAAGGAAUCAAUCCCCAAAGAACCUGAGAGUGGAGUUGGAGAAGGGGUGAGACCGAGCACAGAGGUGGCUGGCAUGAACAACACAGACAACCUCACAUGCCAAGGCUGUGAAGACAAUGGAAAACAAGACAAAAGAAAGGAAGAGGUAAUGUCUCAUGAAGAACAUCCGACAUCUGCUCAAGCUCACCAGGAGGUGUCCCUCAAUAUUUCAGAACCACUUCAGAAUGAACAAUUCAGAGAUUCAAACAACCCAGAUGCAUCUGUUUGCACAAACAUCCUUUCACAAUCAUGUCAACAUGAAGGUCAAGGGGAAUGUAACACCAGCACCAGAAAAGGCAGCAUGGGUGAAUACUUGUGGAACAGCUCUUCUCUAGAGACAAUCCAACAGGAGACAUGCUUGCUGACUGUGGCAAAAAAUUCCAGUCAAACAUCAGAACAUCUUUUGGUACAGCCACUCUCAGUGAAUACCAUGCAAAAUGAAUUCCAAAAGGAGAUGCAGACAAGGGGUUCAAUGAGCUAUUGGAUUUACUCAAAAGGCACCCAAGUUCAGAUGCACUCAUCACAACACAAAACAAGUGGCACAACUGUAUUAGCCAGCAUUUCGCAAAGUAACUGUGGUGCUUCAAAGAUUGAGACCGCCAUCACGAGUAUUACUUCAUCAUCCAGUGCUGGGCCCAGUUCUUGCAAUGCCUCAAAUCAAAUAUCUAGUCAAGAACUGCAAAUAUGUCCCCCAGCCAUACAGAGCAACUCAACAGAGCCUAAACUGUUCUAUUUAGGCAAUAAUAGUUACACGGAACAUGAGGACAGUAACAGCAGCAGUGAUGAUGAGCAAAAACUAGUCAUUGAACUUGAGUAAGGUGUAAGUACACACAAACAAGGCAAAUCAACCCAUUCUCACUUCCAAGGUGUCCAUUACUGCCACUUGUCCAAGAACUCCAUGCAUAACUAUACAGAUGGCAAAAGAAUCCUUUAGCGGCUUGCAGUGAGAAACCUUUGAUACCAAUAGGCUGACAUGUAAGGCAUGGUAAUUUUGUCAUGAAACUAUAAUUUUGUCAUCACAACAUAUGUCAGAUAAAAAUUCAGUCACAAUAAUUUAUUCAGAAAAUGGCAAAUAUUCUUAUGCAUUUAUUUUGUCUUCCUGUAGUCCAAACUGUAGGUCAUGGGCUUGAUUCCCAAGGAAAGUGAGAACUGAUCAAAUGCAUACAUUGAAUGCAGUGUAAAUCACUUUGGAUAAAAGCCAAAUGCAUACAUCUUUUUUUAUGUUUUAUAUUGUGGAAAACUGGUUAGGUUUAUGGUAGAUGUGUGGUUAGAUGUUCAAAAUGUAUAUAAUAUAAAUACUUUUCUAGAUACAGGAACAGCUGACUAAAUGUGUAGAAUUAAAUGCAUAAUCAGAAUGUAAUACAUCUUUCUGUAGAAAUAAAGAACACACAUUUUAGCAAGAACAAUUAUAAGGUUAUUUUGAGAAACUAGCUUUGUGGUCGUUAAAAAAUAAUUCCUUUUCACCACUGUGGAAGUACAUUGAAAGAUGUCUCAUUGCAGCAGUAAACAUGCUUUUGGCACCUGUAUCAAGCACAGAGCUCUUGGACAAGCUGUGGUAUUGGAUGCCUUGGGAGUGAGAAUGGGAUGGAAAAUAAAAACAACAAAAAUAUGUUGUUUUUACAUCAUGUUAGGAUUAUUGAAUUAUUGAUGAAACAAAUUGUGUAAUUACUACAUUUUGUCUGUAAUUCAAGGUCUAUAUUAUGGAACAGGUCAGAUGAGUUAGUAUGGAAGGUGGGCCUUUAGUGCAUAGAGUGCCAGCAGAUAACUGGGAAUCGCAGGCCCCUCGUGCAUAGUGUGUGCUGAACACUAGAACCAUUGAUCCCCUUGCAUAUGGCACCAGAUAACUACUAAUGCCCCCUGGUUCCCUAACGCAUAGAGCACAUUCCGACCACUAGGGCACAGAACAAGUGGUCUGUCACUAUAGCGGCAGAAGGACCUCGAAAGUGUCCUCACAGGAACAUGUUCAGACCAUACUAACUUCUAAAUUAGCAUGUUCUCAAUUAGCAAUUCUAGGCAGUUGUGGCCUAAUGGUUAGAGAGUCAGAUUUGUAAUGUGAAGGAGCAAGGCUCCUAACCCCCAAUCACUUCAUGUGCACCGCAGCAAAAAAACGUCUGCCCACUGCUCCGGGUGGGCGUUCACAGUGUGCAUGUGUUCAAUACUCACUAAAAUGGAUGAAAUGCAAAGCACAAAUUCUGAGUAUGAGACACCAUACUUGGCCAAACUUCACUAAAUCUGCCAAUUCACGAGUUCACAUAUACAUAUAAUUAGAUAGAGAAAGUAAUGCGUAUUUGGCGUGCUGUCCAGGGGGAGGGCUCCGAGCUCGAAAUUUUGGCCCGAACCCAGAGUACUCCCCCCGGAUGUGGUUAUGAGAGAUGGGGUGGUGGAGGGAUGCUGAUAAACUGUCAAAGUCUGCAGUAUAUAUAUCUCUGUUGCUUGAUUAGCUGAAUGCUUUCCACUUGUGAUAAUUAGUCUAAUUAUCUGCAUCUGCUCCUCCCGAAUUUUGUUAAUAAAACAUCAUUAUAUAUAAAAUUGUCCUGUAACACGUAAUUUAACUGGUUUAUCUAUGUCAAAAUAUGAUUUUAUAUUAAUUAAUUGACCUGAGUUUUGGGACACACAAACAAAAAUAAAAAAGUAGACAGACCAAGAAAUACACUUUUUAAAGUGUAUGAAGCAGUUUUCAUCAUAGGGACCACACAACGUAGGUUUUGGGUGGACAUUUUGUCCUAACAAAGAUAGCAAAACCUUUUCUCAAACACACACAGGCAAUCUUCAUUACUUUGUUCGUGCCCACAUGUGCAUCCAGGUGCAUUUUAUGUAAACACUGCUGUGCUGUGAUUCACACUGCAUUUCACAGCCCUAGGAGUUUCAGCUUUUACUUUGUAAAGGCACCUGGAGAAAGCACGAAGUGGGACACACACGUUUUUCUCGAGAGUGACUCACCAUGUCUGAAUAAGCAUUAAGCCUUGGCCCAAGAGUAAAUUCUCACAAUGGAGUUCCACAGAGAUCAGUCAUCCGACCAUCAGUAAAUGCAGGGAUGGCAGUGAGUCAGCCAGUGGGGGGCCAAUGGCAAUGUGACUAAAAAGACUUUUACUCAUCAUAGACUUUAACCUUUGUGCACUGUCAUCAGUACUACUUGGCUGAAUGCCAUUUGCUGCUUUAGACAAAGGCAUUUACUAGACACUGGCUGUAUAAUGAUCCUUAUGUAACCAUAAAUGUAUAUUCAGGUGUUUUAAAAUGUUUUUUUGAAUUGAGCUACUGUUAAAAAAAAAAAAGCAAAUUAACUUUUUUCAUGCUGA